GAGCAAUAGGGGAUCAUGGGGUCCCUGUGUCCUUGCCCAAACUCAAAAAAGCCUAUGAAAAAGGUACCAGGGGCAUCUCAUGGAGCUCCCUACUGACCCCAGGCCCUCGGGCAGUGCCCGAGUUUCCAAAUGGUCAGUCCUGGAGAAUUCUCGUAUCUUUAGUAACCUUUUCACUUUCGAUGUGAGACUAGCAGGCGAAAAAAAAUGGCCGAUCGUUCGUCCGAUAUUCUCAUCGUGUGUACGGGGCUUUAGAAACAGUUGUGCCUGGGGAUUGCUUGUUGAAAUACAAACAGGAAUACGCUGCAGUUAUCGAAGCAGUUUACAA